AGUUGGGAGGGACUUGGGGCGUGCGUGAAAGAAGCGCGGGCUUAAAAAAAAAAAAAAAAAAAAUGGCGACUCGCUCGCGCCGGCGUCUUCCCUUCAUCGAGACCCCGUCCUGUAGUGACUCUUGUGACACACCUUUUUCUUCUACUUCCUCCAUGGAGUUGGAUACUCAGGUGGUGGAAGGGUUCUCCCCUUUCGGGUCCUCCGGGUCUAAGGUGAAGGCGUCGCCUGUCGACCUGCGGCUGCCUGCGUGGUUGGAGCCUGAGAGAUGUGCGGUGUUUCAUUGCGCGCAGUGCUACGCAGUGCUCGGCGACACUGUGCACCUCGCCUGGGACCUGUCGAAGUCCCUCGGCGCCCUGGCCUUCUCCAGAGUCACAGCCAACGUCGUUUUGUUUGAGCCCUUUUUGGUUGGCAUAGAAGGUUCUCUCAAAUCCAGCACAUACAACCUUUUAUUCUGUAGUUCCUGUGAGACUCCUGUUGGUUUCCAUUUAUAUUCUACCCAUGCUGCUCUGGCUGCCUUGAGAGGCCAUUUCUGCCUUUCUUGUGAUAAAAUGCUGUGCUAUCUGUUAAAAACAAAGGCCAUAGUAAAUACAUCUGAGAUGGAUAUUCACAAUGUACCUUUACCAGAAAAGAUUGCAGAGGUAAGCUUGGUUGUGUGGUUACUUACAUACACAACGUUUUCAUUUUGGGUUUUCCUUUUGGAGAAAGGAUUUUUACUUUGUAAUUGUGGCUUGACUCAUAUUAACCAUGAGUCCUAG